AUGGUAGAGAAACACCUCUUUCUAGCAACCAGAAACAAUGUGAUAGACAACACUAGAGAGUGGUGGAUUAAAGCCGGUCAAACAAAAGAUGCCGAAGAGUCCAUUAAAGAGUCUACUGGAGCAUACUACAGCAGAGUCUCCGCUGUCAAUAACACAAAAAGAUUUGGCAGUACAUACUGCUGGGUACACGAAACUGCUACACACUUGCGCAAGUUCGAUGAUGGCCUAGCAUGUUCAUGCAAAGGAGAUGAAAAUGAGGUAUGCCCAGAAGAAGCUCACGUACGUGAGAAGUUAUCCUUGGGGAGUAGUCUUAUCAUUAUUGAGUUCGGAUCGCCCCAGUGCAUGUCUGUCAUUUUUAAUGGCACCUUGUACUUGUAUAGCAACUUGGGCAACUGCAAAAACUCCUUCAAGUGUAUAAAUCUCGAAUCGUGCAGAUCAAACACAAGCAUCAUUUGUGAAGAUUGCAAAACUACCAAAAAUUCGGUCACGCGUGAUGAUCUGCAGAGCAUUCUCCACGGAAUCAUUGAAACUGGAGAGGAGGCAAAGUAUGGACUUACACUCCUCGAGAAGAUUCCACUUGCAAAUGACCCAGAAAAGGCUUUAAAGUGUGCGCAGGAAUCUGUUAAAUCGCUCGCCUUCUUGGAAGGACCCUGCUAUACACCUGCUGACUCGGAAUUUUCUGUAAAUACCGUUGACGGUGAGAUUGUAAUGGAUGAAGCUCUGCCAGGGAGUCCACUACCAGGCAUUGUAGUUCAAGAGAAGAGCAACGAUCUUAAAGUUGAUGAAGAAAAAUUGAGAGCACAUUUAACUCAGUGUAAUGAAUACGCCCACUUGCUAGUAAAGAGAGCAUACGCGGAGUUGGAUUCUGUAUGCUCCAGCUUAAUAAACCAGGCCGAUUCUUUUUGUCAACCCCCGAUCAAGGUGCACAUUAGGUGGCUCGAACAUUGGUUUUGCUUCGAGUAUCUCGCUGAAUAUGAAGCUGAUUUAAGUAGCUGUUUCUUCGAUGAGUUUUCUGGAAAGUUUGUUCCAGACUUGAAGAAACACAAGAUAGUUCUUCACGAGUUUGUUCAGCCAAGUGUUUUGUCACUUGGUGAUGUGGAGAACAGUUUUAGGAUAUCGCUAGGCCGUCUGAAGGAUUACCUUGUGGUUAAGCGUGAUAGCAACUCCACCUCUCAUUUUGUGGAAUCUACGCCUGACACAAGGUUGGCUACACCAGAUUCGGCGCUCGCUAGCUCUUCUACGGAGGUAGACUCAGUCUAUCUCGGCACAACGGAUGCAUUGUCAUCUUCCAGAACUGCUGAUAGACUAGCCUCUCCUGGAGCCGCAGCAGGUGCAAACGAAAAUUUGGAAUCCCCAAGGAGUACGGCCAGCGAUGUCACUCCAUACUGGUGGAAUUAUUAUCACUCUCCAAAUACCCUUGGAGAAGGAGACUUGUAUUCUGCAAACUGUACAAAUUUGGACUUGAAGAGGCUUACGAGAUCACAUCACUUGAAGGAUGAAUCAUGCACACCAAGAAGCCGGAGAAGUCACGUUCAAAAUGAUAUUUUGACUCGCUGUAUCAGCUCUGACCUUUCAAGUAUUAAAAAUGGAGCGGCUAGAAACACUGUUUGUUCCGAUGACACACUCUUAUCGGCUGAAUCUGCUUGCUUCUGCAAACACUGCAUACUGUCAUUCUCUGACAUUAGCCGUGUUUUGUUUUCUGACGCAGCUUUUCCACCACAUGACCCAGUUUCUACUGACGGGGUUGUUAAUGCAGUACUGGUUUCCAGUUUUGAUUUGCAUAGUUUACACGAAAAACUUUCAGACCUGCGCGAACCAACAUCGCCUGGGCUUUCGAGCUCACCGAGUUUGCAAGGUCAUGAAUCUCCUGGUACACGGGCUAACAGGGUGAGCCCUGUGCCAAUGCGCAAGACAUCAUCUGUAGAAUCAAUACAUGCUGAUGGAUCUCUGAGGCAUGAAGAAAAUACACACGAUAUCAAUGAAUCCGAUGUUAUUCUUGGUUUAAGAAGGUCUAUUAGGGCCGCUAUGGAUAUUGGAAUUGCUUUAAAACAUAAGGAUCCAAGGGCAAGUGAGGAGGCAUUGUUAAAGUCUCUAAAUGCUGCCCUGAUGUCCUCCUUUAGAUUGGGAGAGUUUCUCUUUAACGACUCUUUGGGAACCUUACCUUCAUCUAUGGAAGCUAUACCUACUCAUCCAUCUUCCUUUGGAGGAUUGGCUUCCCAUCAAUCCAUAUUCUCUCAAAAUUCUGACACGUUUGAGAGUGGAGGAGUACACCGGCAGGAAUCUCAAGAUUAUAGCUUGGAAAAGCGUGAUGGAGGUUCUUGCAGGGAUUUACUCCAGAGUGAUUUGGACUUUGAUUUAAAGUUCGAUUCAACUACUGCAUAUUCUGAAGACUUUUUGGACAGCAGCUUUUUGGAUGUUUUGAUAAUGGGAGAUGGGGAACCUGCAUCCACAAGUACGUUUGAAAAUGACCAAUACGUUUCGGAUGAUAUCUCUAGUGAUGUUGAGGACACUUGUUCCUUUAGUAGUCAAAGUCCAAAGCUAUCACCAAAUAUGACCCUUGGUGACUCAAGAUAUGAAAAGAGAAAGAGGACUUCAGAUAGUCCAUCAAAGUCUAGAUAUGCAGAUAGUCCUUCUAAAUCGAGAUACGUGGACAGUCCGUCAAAAACAAAGUAUGCCAGGUCAGGUACCUAUAAGAGUAGUUCUAGUUUGGAGAAUAUUCCCUCUUAUGCAAUUAGGAGGUCUACUCGUGAACUUUCACACGUUGAUCCUAAUGAUGACUUGUACAUUUACGACAUGAACAAUCUGAGCGACAAGGCAGAAAUGGGAUUUGAUUAUUCCGGUAAUGAGGACUGGUAUAUUGAUGACAGUGAUUCAUCGUCCAAGAGGAGUCAAAAGUAUAACCAAAAGAGGAUGCCAGCAUCAAGACCAACAACCUCGAAUCUUGCUGAUAUUUAUGGAAGCGCAGACGUUUUAAUACCAUAUGACCCUGUACCAACAGGUGUCUACUUUGAUGUUACCAGAAAGCUCUGGAGAUGUCAAUGGAAGGAGAAUGGAAAAUUCAAGACAAAGGGAUUUAGUCUUGGUCAUCACAACACACUCGCUGAUGCCAGACAUGCGUGCAUUCUAUUUAGAUGCCAAAUUGGAAAUAUGGCUAUAAUGCCUGAAUGGCUUUCCCCCAACUACAUCAAAGUAUCAGACGUUCCAAACAGGCGCGCAAAUGCGCAACCACAAACUUCUACUCCAAAAAAGAGUAGCAGAAAAAAGAAACGCGGUGACGACGGAGACGUCGUCUUGGACAUGCAACAAACUAGGUAUGCAAGCACACCAUAGUGUCCCUCUGGAUCUAG